AUGCUGCCAGAAUGUCUCUACGUGGACAGCAGGUUACUGAUGACCUUUCUGAUUGUGGGGAUGGUGGGGAUCGCCCACUGGCGAGUUAACCCGACGUGCAAAUCGGACAUCAAGUAUAUGGUGCAGUGGCUUCAGCAAGGCUUCGCUUGGAAUGACAAGGCCGAUGAGGACAACUCGCGGAAUGCUCGUGUGAGUGAGGCAAUGCGCGAGGUGCGACAGAAAAACUACGUGCUGUCGGCGAGACUGUUUGUUCACAUCGGAAUGCUGAAUAUGCUCUUCAUGUUAUUCGACCUGCUGUCAAAUCCCAGCUUGAUCGCCUGCGCCCGCAUGGGAUUCCUGCUGAUCGUCUACUCGAUGCACUGGGCAGUUGCCACUGGCGCCCUUCGCCCGAUGCCCUAUCAGAUCAAAGGAGUGUGCGCGGGCUGGUGGACACUGUUUGCGGCGUUCGUGCUGCUUGCUCCUUGCCACCCUACAGCCAGAGAUGCAAUGUUCAUGCAAGGCUUUAAGAUUGGCAGCCGAUUGACGAUGACCUCCAUAUUCAUUGACACCGAGCUUUGUUUCAUCUUCCAGGCUUUGAUUUCUGCGGCUUCUCUGGUUUCGGAGCUGUUCAUUCACAGCACUGGUCAAGAACCCUUCCUGCUGUUGGGCAUGGAGUUUCAGAAUUUCGCAGGGUCCGUGGCGCUGUCUGCAUUGCUGGAGUUUCUCAUCCGUUCACGUAUCCACGUGCUACUGGACUUUGCAGAUGCCGAGACUCUGGUUUCCAGCUUCCAGCACGUCCUUCGAGGGAUCUGCGAUGGAGAUAUUCUCCUGACCAGUGAUAUGACGAUUCACGGCCCUGGCGACUGCCUGCAGAACCUGCUCAUGAACAGAGCGAAUCUGAACGGCAAAUCUUUUGAGAUGCUGUUGCCACCGGAUGAGCGUCAGCGCUUCGCCGACUUCAUCAAUGCGUCCACGAAAGCCGCACUUGAGCCGGCAGAUGGAUCUCGUAUGACUCCGCCCACUUGCCUUCGUGUUUCCUUGUGCGGUGCUUCGAACACGCGCGUGCCGGCCGAUAUCUUUCACGUCCCCGUGCCACAUCUCUUUGGUGCUGACCAUCCAUACCACCUGCUGGCAAUAAGUGAGGACUCCGAGUCCCGAAAUCCGCCAGCUCUUGCAAAGGACAUCCCAGACAUGGCAAGGAUAAGAGAACGGUCGGAGAGAUUAAAGUCCAGAACGGCGUCGUCUUCCGGAAGUUCGGCUAGUGGAAGCUCUGUUUGGGAGCCACUACCAGAGCUAGCCGGGAUGAUGUUGCUGGUGGACGGUUCCAGCCCCUUUCUGGACAUCGAGCAAGCCCAUCUCAGCUUUGAGCGUCGGGUUGGAGAUGAGGAACUUGAGUCCAGUAUGCCCUGUCUCCGGAAAGUUUGUCGUCCGACAGACUGGGAGUCCAUAAGGAAGAAGAUCGACAGAUUCGCCGCAUCCGGUGAGGAUUCUGCCCAAGAAUUGAGGAGCAUCUGCUUGAGAAUGCCAGAUGACCCCCGGAGAUUUCUCAAGGCCAGAUGCGUGCAGAUGUCUGCCUUCGAAUCACCGCAUGCAGAGGGCUCGCAGGACCAGAGCGCCUCUGUGCCAAUUAAGAUUUGCCUCCAGCUCAGCCAUUUCGUUCAAGACGCCUACUUUGAGACGGAGGCUGAGGCCCCAGAAUCCCCGGAGCCGCGGCUAUUCGUCAUCCACGGCACCGGCGAGGCAGAAGAGCUGCUGAGCUCGGGGCAUGCUGCAAAGAUCCUCCAGGCAGCACACGAUGAUGCGACCGCGCUGGUCGUAGGACCUGAGCCUCUUUCCGAGCGCUUGCAGAACUUCAAAUGCCACACUAUCUUCAAGACCCGUUUGCCUGAUGCGCUGUCGGUGCCGCAGAUGGGAUCUCUGGCCCUUCCAGACAGCCUGGACGGCGGUGGCAGCAUUUGUUCUGUGAUUUCGCAGGCUUCACAGCAGGCCUCCCAACAGGCCUCGCAGCAAGCGGAGACAACUCAAGCUGGUGCCAUCACUGAGUUCCGACAGCUCGUCGAAUACCCUCCGAUCUCAGAGGAGGAUCAGAUCAAGCUGAAGGGCACGCUGAAGCAGUACCGUGAGUGGGAGGCAGCCGAGCUAAAGAAGAUGCGCAAUGCGGGCAAGAAGGAAGAUCCCAAGGCCAAGGCCAAGAAGGACAAGGCGAAGGAAAAGACAAAAGAGAAAGGAAAGAAAGGAAAGAAGGGCAAGAAAGAGGAGGAGGUGGUCGUGGAGGCCAAGGAGAUCCCUCCUGACCCUGCCUUUGCACAGGGGCUCAAGCUCAACGCCUUCGACCACUGUGUGAAGGCCCUGCAGGGCCGCCUGGCAGAGCAGCCUGCGCCGGUUGCUGCAGAGCUGCUGAGUCGGGCUCUUGCGGUGGUUGCUGUCGCAGAGAGAGAGGGAGCCGACCUCGAGGCAGAGUCAGUGGAGGUGCCAAAGGGUGUGCCAGAGGAGGCAGAGGAGGAGGCACAGCCCACGGAUGGCACGCGAAGGGCGGAGGACUCCAUGCAAGACCAAGAGAAUAUUGCCCCACAGGCGACCAAGACAGUGAAGAAAGGCAAGAAGCGGCUCUCUGUUGCAGAGACGGAAUGGUCGUUCUCGUAUUUCAAAUCAGAGACUGGCUUGCAGUUCUUGAUGGACACAGGCAUGCUGGAUCCCGACUCCAAGCCAAGACAGGCCUCGGUCGUCAAGGAGAAGCGGCCGCGCCCACCGCCGCCUCCGCCACCACGGACUCCUUGGAAUCCACGCCUUGUGGGCGAGCCCACCGAGGAGCCCGAGCAGGAGGCGAGCCCCGAAAACCAGGCCGCGGAAGACGAGGAGGUCGAAGAUGGUUGGCCCGGAGCCACCUUCGGGGCGCCAGACUUCGGCGCCUUGCCGGAGGAUGUUAACCAGCAGCAGUUCUUCCAGCCUGCACAGCGCAUGCCGAUCAUGGCGGUGCAAGACGACGCACCUUUCGGGCCGCAUCCGGACAAGAAGGGGCCAACUUGGGACGUCUAUGGCGAGCCACGCGGCCCGAAGGGCAAGAUCUCUCAGGCGUACGUGGGUGUGAACGCAGACUACAUGGAGGUUGAAGGGCCGACUGGGCGGAAGACCAACACGGCGGCUUUGGCACACAAGCGCAGUCACGUCAAGGGCUUGGGAGACAACCACAUGCUCGUGGAGGUCAUGCCUGGGGCCUGCCGCUUCGGUCCAUUGCGUCAAGGCUCACUCUACAGGAUGUCUGUGUUCGUCCGAAACUUGGAGGUCGACGUCACCAGGUUUAACGUGAAGCCGCCGGAGAGCAAGUUGGUGAAUGUGAAGUGGCAGCCGGGACACCUUGCGCCAGGCAUGGCAACCAAGCUGACGGUCGAGGUCUUGGCCUUGGAACCUGCUCGGAUUGAGCAGCUCUUGGAGGUUCAUACCAAGGCCCACAUCGUCCGGGUGCCGAUCACGGCUCGAAUAGUUGGUGCCGAAGAGUACGACCGCUUGGAUGCAGAGUCGAUGGCGCUGCACGGCCGGCGGAUUGGUCGUCACCGUGAGAAGUCGGAGACACACAAGCCGGGGCCGGUGCAGCUCAUCACGGAGCCAAGCUACUGCAAGAAGGUCAUGGGCCCCACGUGGCAACCUCCCCCUGUGGAGUUCGAUGACCUCCCGGCGACAGAGCUCUUGCGAGACUUGGCCGAGCUUCGCUAG